AUGGCUCUUGUCGUUCAAGGAUACACGUUCCUCCAGCAGUAUGCCGUUUCCUUCGUGCAAAAUGUGCCGAAGAAGAAUCAGAAUGCUCUAAAGAUGGGGGUCAUAUCCACUGCGCAGAUAAACGCGGCAGCAGCCAUCCACCCAGCUGAGACACAUCCCGAUGUUAUUCUCUAUGGCAUCGCUUCGCGAACACUAGAAUCUGCCAAGACUCACGCUAAGAAGUACAAGUUCCAGAAGGCGUUCGGGUCUUACCAGGAGCUACUCGACGAUACUGAAGUGGACUUUGUAUACAUCAGUACACCCAAUGGCCAGCACUAUGAGUGGGCAAGUAAAGCGCUGAAGGCGGGCAAGCAUGUUCUCUUAGAGAAACCAUUUACUUCCAACGCUACGGAAGCUAAAAGACUCGUUGAGGAGGCGGACCAGGCUGGAAAGGUGCUCGAAGAAGCGUUCCACUGGCAAUUCCACCCUGCAGCUCACAAAUGGAGGAGUAUUAUAGACUCGGGUAGGUAUGGUCAAGUGAUUGCGACAGAUGCAAAGAUGACUGCCAGUCCUGGUGUUCCUCAUGGAGAUAUCAGGUGGCAAUACGACCUCGCAGGUGGGAGCGCCAUGGACGCAACAUAUGCGUUGAACUUCACGCGCUACGCACUCCGCGCCAAAACCCCAGAGAAAAUACUGUCGUCCGUUGCUCGCCCCUACAACAAGGACGCACGAGUCGACGCCGCCAUGUAUACCAACGCACUCUUCAAAGACGGUCGUAACGGCAACACUGUCCACAGUCGCAUCUAUACCGAUCUUGCUCGUAGCUGGGUAGGAGGCUUGAUACCGAGAGUAUGGGAGCUGCCGAUGAUCGAGGUGGAUUGCGAAAAGGCAACGAUAUUCUUCUACAACGCGAUGAUGCCUCACCUAUACCAUUAUAUCGCCGUCACAGACAAAGCGACUGGGAAGACUGAGAUUUUGAAGCAGUACUCUGGCGGUCCUCUCUGGGGCAAUGUCCAGACGACCGGUGGAAAGGGCGGUAGCAGCCUCUGGAGCACGUACAGAUAUCAGAUGGAGGCCUUUGUGAUGAAAUUGAAAGGCAAAGAGCCGCCGUGCUGGGUUGGAAACGAGGACUCGAUUCAGCAGAUGGAAACGAUCGAUGAAAUGUACGAAAUGAGCGGCCUUGGAGCAAGACUUGCUUCGAAACAGAGAUGA